CUAAAUAGCUCUAAAGGGGGGAGGGAUGUCGGUUGCUAAGAGCAUCGCACUGCAGCGCUUGUCGGGACGUUGAACAAGGGGGCUCUUAUCAGAAAUGUACCACCAACUUGAAAGCUCGCACUGUUGCCGCACCACAGACAGUGUAGUUAGAUACAACAUCAGUACCUGAGCGCGCCAGUGACAGCAGCAACAGGUAGUCUGACAGCACCUGCACCACCACUGCGUCGCCCAAGGUAAGCACGUUCUUUUUUCUUCUCUCUUUCGUCCCUUCCUCCCGCUACUGCUCUUUCUUUGUCGUCGUCGCCGUCGUUUCGCUCCUUAGGUUUCCUCCUCUCCUUACAGCCAAGAGCCAAAAAUACGCACACACCCCCUCCCUCGAGGCCCGAUUCAACGAACGAACGCUUCCUUUUUGUGGAAGACUCGCGCGAGCCCUCUCUACUCAUGAAGAGGCGCUCGUCGGGUUUGACCGACGACAGUGACGAACCUCCUCCCGACCCUCCUCCUGCUGCUGAUAUCCAUCACCAUCAAUACCGACAGCCUACCAGGAGUCGCAACUCUUCACCACCGCCCCGCGAUUCCAAGCAGCCCGCCUUUGCUGCCGCUACCGUGGCCGCAGCUGCCGCCGCAGUUGUUGCUGCCUCGAGGUCAUCGUCCGCAAGGAGUAGCAGUAGGCUCUCUAGUCACCCCAAUUGGAAGCUUGAACAUGGCCCAAAUGCGAAUGGAUCACAAGAUAACCAUUCCUUGACUACGUCUUCCUUGCCGCUGCCCCUCUCGUCCCCAUCGCAGGCCGCGCCAUCGGCAGCCUACCGAAACAACCAGCGUCAACUCCCAAACCACAGUCACUCCCAAGUUAUCAGCGACGAACACGACAUCGUCAACCUGCGAGACGACCAGGACGACGACGACGAUAUCCCUCGAGCUGACCAGAUUGCAAUGAGUAACGAGAAGAUGCCCGACGUGCGCUUCGCAGGUCGCCGCUCCCGAUCUCGCGGUCCCUGGUCCAUCACUAUUUUCGCUUUGGCUGUCACCGUUCUUGGCAUCACACUGCUUUGCGCCAUAUUGAAUUCCUCUUGGACUCGCCAGCUCGACGCAAAGGGAUGUCGUAUGUCGUACAUGCGGCCCUCUUAUAUUCGAUUGCGGGACUUUGACACGGAGCACACUCGCUUUGCGACAAAGUACUCUCUAUAUCUGUACCGUGAGCAGGGCGUCGACGACGAAAGAAAGUUGAGAGGUGUUCCUGUACUUUUCAUACCAGGGAACGCCGGAAGCUACAAGCAGGUUCGGCCGAUAGCCGCCGAGGCUGCGAAUUACUUCCACGAGUCUCUCCAACACGAUGAGGCCGCUACGGCCGCAGGCGCUCGCAGUCUCGAUUUUUUUACUGUCGACUUCAACGAGGAUAUCACAGCCUUUCACGGACAGACCAUGUUGGAUCAGGCAGAGUACUUGAACGAGGCCAUCAGAUAUAUUCUAUCUCUGUAUAUGGAUCCACGCAUGUCUACGCGUGACCAAGAUUUGCCGGAUCCUACGUCUGUCCUUGUUCUGGGCCACUCCAUGGGUGGUAUCGUUGCUCGCACCAUGCUCAUCAUGCCAAACUACCAGUCGAACUCGAUCAACACCAUCAUCACCAUGUCCGCUCCCCACUCGCGUCCUCCCGUGAGUUUUGACGGGCAGAUUGUUAAGAUCUAUGACGAUAUCAACGACUAUUGGCGACAUGCCUACUCCCAAAAGUGGGCCAACAACAAUCCAUUGUGGCACGUUACUCUCGUCUCGAUUGCUGGCGGUGGCUUAGACACCGUUGUUCCCUCCGACUAUGCUAGUGUCGAGUCGAUAAUCCCCGAGACGCAUGGUUUCACCGUCUUCACCACCGGCAUACCUGGUGUAUGGACUAGUAUGGAUCACCAGGCCAUUCUGUGGUGCGACCAAUUCCGUAAAGUCGUUGCUCGUGCCAUGUACGACGUCGUCGAUGUCCACAGAUCUUCGCAAACCAAGCCGAGGGCGGAGAGGAUGAGGGUCUUCAAGAAAUGGUUCCUUACCGGCAUGGAGUCCAUCGCGGAGAAAACCCUGCCUUCGGAGGGGCCAAGUACCCUGCUCACUCUCGAGGACAGCUCGAAUGCGAUUAAAGCACAAGGCGAACGCUUUGUCUUGCGACAACUUGGGCGCGAACCGAAGCCGCAAGCCCAUUUGCUUCCGGUGCCUCCCCAGGGAUCUCCAGAAGGCAAGCGUUUUACUCUUCUAACCGACACCCCGUUAGAUAGACCAGGAGAACAUGGGAGACUGGAGAUUUUGUUUUGCAGCGUUUUCCCACUGCAACCGGGCCAAGCGACCACCUUGUUCACCAUGAACAUGGAUCUCUCAGAAGGCAGCACUCGGUCGACCAGAUUGGCAUGCAAGAACGCUGCGUCCGACGCUAUCAUAUUGCCCCCUUCGACACGAUUUCGUCAUGAACCGUUCUCCCUGGACAACGAGCCGGCGGCGAGGCCAUUCUCGUAUCUUCAGUUCGAUAUCGAAGACAUAGCGGAUCACCAGUUUGUGGUCAUUGUUGACAAAGCUGUGAAGCCGACCGAAAGCUUCGUGGUAGCCGAAUUCAGUGACUAUUCUCAGUCUCACAGACGGCGGAAUAUCAGCCUGCGCCGACUCCUCGCAUUUGGGAUGACGCUGCGACUCCCAUCGAACCGUCCCAUGGUUGCGGAAAUCAAUAUACCUACGCUGCAAUCCAGUCUCUUGGCUUUCAAGUUGGAGAUUGGCAACCAAGCGUGCGGCAACACACCAGAGCUCUUCUCUCCCCUGAUUCGACAGCACCUGGCUCAGCCCUACGAGUCCAAGUUUUUCGUCAACGCGAGACAUGCCAGUAUCAGCAUGCACGGCAUCGCCCCCUUUGUUCCGCCUCCCCUAAGGCACAAGGGAUACGAUGAACAGGGCCUCAGUCUUCAGUUUUGGACUGAUCCGACAUGCGAAUCUACCAUCCAAGUCAAACUAACGGUUGACGCAUUAGGCAGCUUGGGCAAGCUGUACAUGCGCUACCGAACCGUAUUCGCAGCAUUCCCACUGCUUGUGGUGACCCUCGUGCUUCGCAAGCAGUUCCGGGUUUAUGAUACCACCGGCACGUUCAUCUCCUUUUCCGAGAGUCUCGAUCUCUGCCUGCGGCAGUCCGUACCUCUUAUGCUCCUCUCUCUGACGUUCCUUUCCUUGUCAAUGACAGGAUCCUGGUCGUCAGGGCCGGCUGCAUUUUGGCACUGGCGCAACGCAACGUCUACAGGAGCCGAUUUUCACAGCAACGACCUUCUCACGGGCACACAGGAUCCUUUUUUCUGGUUCUUGAUCCCUCUCAUUGGAGUCGUUUGCAUCGGUGUAUGCGCAGUCCUUCACUAUGUCACCCUGGCCUUGACUCAGCUCCUUGGCAUCGUCUACGCGUGGGUGGCCCUCCAACCCUUCGGCCAGGCGCGAGAUGAGCGCCGACGAGCGCAGUUGCCAAUUUUUGUCUCCUCGUCUCCUCGACGACGCAUGGUUACUACGGCGGUACUUUUGUUCCUGGUGUCCACCUUCAUCCCCUACCAAUUUGCGUACUUGGUAGCGUGCCUCGUCCAGCUCUUCACCGUCGUUCGCGCGCUGCGGAUUGCCUCAGAGCUCAAGUCUGGGACGAAUUACGAUUUCUACCAUUACGCCCACUCAAUCUUGCUGCUCAUGCUCUGGGUCCUCCCUAUCAACCUGCCAAUCCUGGCUGUGUGGAUUCGCAACCUCGCCGUUCAUUGGCUUACCCCCUUCUCCUCGCACCACAAUGUGCUCUCUAUCAUGCCCUUCAUUCUUCUCGUGGAGAACUUGACGACGGGAAAGAUGGUGCCUAGAGUCACCGGGAGGAUGAGACAUCUCACCAGCGUGCUUCUUUUUGGUACGGCUAUUUACGCUGCCAUCUACGGCGUUUCCUACGCCUACAUGCUACACUAUCUUGUCAACCUGAUAGCGGCAUGGUUGGUUGUGAUCCAUUCGACCGCUGAUAACUGGCCUCUCGCUGGGUUCAGUUCAAUAUUCGAAAGCAGUCAUCUUGAAGCCCGUAAGCGUGGCAAGACACCUUGACGGCGGAAACAGACACCCGUCUGUUUUGGAAAAGGGCCAUGACAUUGGCAAUGCCAGCUCGUUUGAGGAAGAGAUUGAGCUUCUUGGAAGCCGACUUUUAACAUCACCGUUCUUCAUGGUGUAUAUACGAUAAAUGCGGUCCGCUCGACCGGGCUUACUUUUUAAUCUGGAUUCACGACGUUGAAAACGCGGAAACCUUUGUUUCUUUGGUAUAGACACUUUCAGCUAUUUGCAAUCGACGUUAGGACUGGCUUGGUCUCGACGUUUAGGGCGGAUAUUCCAGGCUUAUGGCCACAACGCAUUGGCGUUGGCACAAUGUUUCUGGGGGUUUCAUCAUUUUGUUCAUCUGCAUCUUGCAUCGGCUGGGGAGUUUGUACGGUUCGCGCGUUGAAGUUGGAGGCGUCGAAACGAACACGAACAUGUUUCCCUACGAAAUGUCUCGGAAGCUCUUUUAUCUUGUUCUUCUGCCUCUUCCCUCUUCGCCUUUUGACCGGUAGAUAUCAGGCCUACAAUUAGGCGUCCGCCUGGACAGGCGUUGCCGCAUGACGGACUAUAGGGUACAAAAGAGGGGACUUCUUUUCUCACGGUGUUUUUGCGUAAUGCCAAACGGAGGUCUAGUUUUUCUUGCUAUUUUUCUUUUGGGCGUUGGAGCUCCGACCAUGGUUUUAAUCUAGUAGCGACCGAGAUGCAGCUUUACGUUCUUCAUACAAGUGGUAGGCAUGCGCACAUUCGAAGCGCACAUCAGCGGAGGGAAGAAGGCUAGGG